AUGCAACUCAGAUCCAGAGAUCCUAGGUUACGUGGUUGGGGAUCCGCCCCGACAGGCAUCCUGAGAUAUAGCCUGGAAAAAUUUGGAAAGCUGCAUACCAUUUUGACCACAGCCGAUGGUUGCCAAAUGACUAAUGUGCGGGCAAUCCAAGUGGGGUUCUGGGGAGUAGCUCAGUUCUGUGCCAUUCUUAUUCGUGGAGCUGGCGGUUGUCCAAUCCAUGGAUCCGGCGCUGCUUUGGUGGUAGAACAAUUUUUCCGUGGGGCAAAGGCGCAGUCCACUUCUUACUCAGGGUUGUCCCUGACCAAAUUGCAGUCUUUUAAACUGCCCCAAGUCCAACCAAUUCAAUGUGCAGGCUUGGCUGCGAGCACGCCUUGGGCAUACGAUGGCACUGGUCUUGCAUCACACUAA